AUGGCGUACUUAUUGCACCUGGCACUAAGAACAGAACUUGAGUUCUUAGAGCGUACCUGCCCCCAUGGUUGGAUGCGGGUAUGGUUGAAGGCGCUCUUAUCUCACAUUCGGAUAGUUUCUGAUAUGUCCAACUCCCUCCUAUCCAUGCUCGAACUGCCUUUAGUGCAAAGUUCUCCUUUUAGGGUCAAUGUCGAUCCUGAGAUCCAACGCUUUGGCCUAAUGUGGAAGCUUUACACUAGGGCACGUAAGGCACGACAGCUUCCUCUCGCGCUCGCGACGAGUCGAGAAGAAGAAGGAGAAUCCUCUGUGAAUCAGUCCUCCGUAGGUCAAGCUGCUAUUCCGGUUCCGGAAGAAGGAGCAAGAUCUCCAUACGUGGUCCCCUAUUCAUAUCAUCUGGAUGAAGUGAUAGGAGGUGAUUCCGUUCAGUCUAUCCAGCGGCGCCUCUUAUCUGCGAAUGAAUUUCCUUCCUAUUUUGAGCUGACGCAGGCGCGAAUGGAGGCCGAAGACCUAUUCGAGGUCAAGGUCGAUAUUGUCAGGAGAAUGGCGGUCCUUGAUCUAGAAGGAGAUUGGCUGAGACGGGGAGCCUGGGCCCUCGAGAAUCCACGUACUGCCACAGAGGAGCCUUCCUUAGAGAGACUUCAUACCCUUCUUUCGAAUCUCGAAUCGAGGGGAGUCAAUUCCGAUUCCUUUAAGGAAUUGAAAGAGAAGGUUUUCCUUCGGCAGGUGGAUGACGACGAACACUCUGCUGCAUAGCGGGGUGGAUAGCUAGGACUACUAAAAGGGAGA